GACCAGCACCAGCCACGCCCCUACGACGAUGAGCCACUACUACGCUCAGCAGCACCAGAACCACCAGGCCCGCCCUCGCCCGGAGCCGCUCGCGCUCGGCGGUCAGCAGCACGCGCCGCCGGCCCUCGACCAGCACCGCGCUCGCCUCCUGUCGUCGCUCCGCUCGGCGCCCCUCCCGAACCAGUACCACCACCAGUACAACCACAACCAGAACCACAACAUGCACCAGGCGCAAGGCCAGUACCACAACCCGGCCGCCGCCGCCGCGUUCGCGCCCGCCGCCGCCGAGUUCCAGCAGGCGCAGAGCGCCUACCUCGCCGAGCUCGCCGGCCUGCAGCGCACCAUCGAGCAGCAGAUUGUCGCCCAGCAGCAGCUCGAGCGCGACGCGGCCUACCGCCUCCUCGCCGCGCAGCGCCAGGGCCAGGGCCAGGGUCAAGCGCACGCCCAGCCCGCGCCCCAAAUCGCCAACUACGCCCCGGCGCCGCACCAGCAGCAGCAGCACCAGCACCAGCACCAGCAGCAGCACCAGGGCCCGUACUCGGCCGGCCCGCACGCCGCCGGCGGCGGCCGCGGCUUUGCCCAGCAGCAGCAGCAGUUCGCGCCGGCCCCGACGAGCGGCGCGCACGAGGCGCAGAACCCGCUCGUCGCGUCUGCGCUCGCGCGCCGGCAGCGCCAGGAGCAGGCGCAGUACGCGCCUCAGCAGCAGCAGCGCUCGCGCGGCGGCAGCUCGUCGCCGCACGGUCGCGGGCCGGCAGUACCUCGUCCCGGCGCCCAGUCGCAGCCGCAGUCGAGGAGCGCGUCGCGCGAGCAUCGCUCGACGCCGCCGCUCUACGGCCAGCAGCAGCAGCAGCAGCAGCCGCGUGCGAGCCCGCCGCCGCCGGCCCUGAUCCUGUCGGCGCCCGGCCAGCCCUACCCGGACACGAGCUCGUCCGGGUCCGAGAGCGGCGAGACGCGCCCUUCGUCGCCCGACGCGAGCCUCGACGUCGCCAAGCGCCACGAGCAGCAGCCGCAGCAGCAGCAGGGUGUCAAGGCGGCGCGCCGCCGGUCUCACCUCGACGCGCUCGUCGGGCUCGGCCACGCAGUCGAGCAGCGCAAGGGAGGCGCCGGCGUCGCCGUCGCGAGUCGCGCCCGGCCCGCCUCGUCGUCGUUCGCGCCGCCGCCGUCGCAGGGCGAGUUCUACGCGGCGCCGGCCGACGCGUACGGCCACCGCUCCGUGUCGGACUCGCACGCCGUCCUGUCGCCGCACGCUUCGACCUACGCACCCUCGCACUCGCCCUCGCCGGCGCCGGCGCCGGCGCCCGUGCCGCGCUACGCCCCGCCGCCGGUCCCGGGCACGGCCUACGCCGUGCGGCAGCCUCGCGGCCCGCCGACCGACCUGAGCGAGGCGACCAACUUCUCGUCACGCAUGCGCGCGAGGGCGAUCGAGAGCCUGCGGGCGAGCGGCGGCCGGCGCUGCAGCAGCGGCAGUGGGAGCGGGGUGGGAGAGGUCGAGGGGGUGCUUGUGCCGUCGCUGGCGACGGUGCAUGUUGGGGCGUGAGGAGGCCCUUUCUUUUGCUCGCCCUUUCUUCCCCCCCUUUCC